CGCAAGGAUUGACUCACUUGAUACAGAUGUCUUUGUUUUUUCCUGUACAAGAGAAAGUGAACGAAAAAGUAGUCUUGUUUUUGUUCGUGUUAAUGAUAGAAAAUAUUCAACUCUGAAAAUACUUAUUUAUCGAAACAAAACUUUUCAAAGCUCCUCCUCUGUAGUUGGAGUAACCCAUUCAAAUUAGAGAAUCGCUAUAGAAGAAGCCAAGAAGAACACUCUGAGUACCGUAUUUGAUCAUAUAAAGCCCUUCAAUUUCAAUAUCAAGACGCACGAGGUACUUUAUCAAGUUCAGUAUCAGAAAGAACGUAUGGAGAAAUCUUUCUAUCGGGUUUCUUUUUUGUAAAAAAAAAAGAACACAACUAAGGAUAAAAAUAAAAUUAGAAGUGUACAACCACUUCUACCAUCUGCGGACUUCGAGAACCAGAGGACGGGAAUUCCAGUCUACUAGAGGACAUCUGCACCAAGAAGCCAACUAUCCGACUUUCCUCAAAUGGGUGACAACUUUGAUCCUCUAUGAUACGCAUAACUACAAAACUAACAUUGGAGUUUUUCGGACGUAAAUUAUCAUCUCGAAUUCCGGCCCUUUCAGUUUCAGCGACGACCGAAAGGCGUUUGCUUUUAUUCUCGCAGCAACAUAUUCAAAGAAAGCUUUCCGCAGCGCCCGAGCGAGGAGCUUGUGUCUGCUACAACCAACACACUUUUAUUUCCACCGCUUCUUGCCCGACGGCGUACGAGUUACUAGUCGGAGACAGUAUUUAACGACACCCUAAGAAAAACAUCGAGCAAAAGAAAGCGGCACCGCUGUUCUGGCACAUCAUCUGUGUGGGUACUACUACCAGCAGCAGUUUAAAUACGACAAACGUUUCCGGGUCCUGAUUUUUCGACGCUACAGCUGCGACGGAAAAUCAAUCGACAGCGAUUCUUUUCGCGGGAGGUCAUGUCGUUGAACGGAAACGGAGAGGCCGCGACCUUGACUCAUCUGCUGAAGCUGGAUCCUACUAAGUCUGAGUCCCCGACCUUUGCCGGCGAUUUGACGCACAGCACCUGCUGCAACUCGAAUCGGGUAAACGCCAAGUGGCAGUCCGGGUAAGGAAUGAUGACGCAACUAGUAGUAUUUCUGCAAGCUGCAUGAUCAUGAUUUAAGCGGAGCUGGUGUUCUUCAUAAGAUCUUUGCUAUAAUUUUCGUAAAAUUAAAAAAACAGGUUACUCGGCGACCACGACACAGGUCUGGGAACUGGCUCCUUGGAGGAGGUCCCGGACAGUAGCGUCCAUUCCCAACUGGUACCGGGAUUACUUUCCGGAAACCUCGGCGAUUCCUCCGGCGGCUCCUCUUCGCUGAGCAGCGUCGGCUCCUGCGUUUCUACCCCAGCGGAAUUGGUCCGCGAUUUUCUGCCAUCCGGGGUGCCCUCGGUGCUCGCGAUGCAACAACAGAGUCCUGUGAUUACAUCGCCGCCACCAUAUCCUCUCGAGAAACACCGCUGAGCUACCCUUUUCCAUAGUUUCGGUGUGAACGGACGUGACGUUUUGUCAUGACUUGACUGUGUACUAGGAACGUGUCGCAUGCGUCUCUGCAUGAUCGAUGAUAGGCAGUUUGCAUGUUGGAAUUCAUCAUGCAGCAUUUUGCCGCCUGGAACUGUGCCUCACAUCAGGAUCAGUCAUCUGGUUCAUCAUGGAGAAGUGAUUCUGUGAUGCGGCCAGCCUAAUAUAGGUCACUUAGUUCCGUUAGUGGACUUCUUCAACUUCGCAGAGUUAAUUUCUUGAGUUGAUGUGGACUGACAAGUCGCACCUUUUAGCUGUGUGAAGGGGACUUUUUCGUCCAGGAUAAGCCACCACCACCGCCGGUAUCAAAUGCAAAAAUGUCUGGGUCUGGGAGAUUCCGAGAUUUGUCAUGCAGUUUUUUCAAGGUCCCCCACGUCUGUAAUGCCGGGCCUAGCAUCACAGGUUCUGCAGCUCCUUGGUGAUGCGUAUUCUGCAUGAGAAAUGCCCUGUCGGCAUGGCCAGAAGUGGGCAUCUUUUGCACGUUCUGCAUCACAAAUCUUUGCAGGAUCCGAAACACGCAUCACAAGUUCGGAUCCUUCCAGACCCAGACAUUUUUGCAUUUGAUAGCCGGAGGACGAAGACGAAAACGAUGAGGUGCCGCCGCCGCCGCCCUAUCAUUUGUAAAAACGUCCCCACCCCAUAGUUGUCAUGCAAUUCUGCAUGCCAAGAAAGUUUCUCAUGCGGAGCCCUAUGAGAAGCAUUUGCUGUUCGUGUUUUGGAAUUUGUGAUGCUAGAAUCAGCAUGCUAUUCUAGAUCUGUGAUGCUUCUGAACUAGCAAAAAAGGAUUACACUACGAGGACAAACUUGUCAUGCCAAACAACCAAAGCUGCUUGAUUUUUCUAGCAGAUUUCCCAUCUUGACUCUGGUGUGGGGACGUUUUUACUCAGGAUACGCCCCCGGAGCUAAUCAGUCUCGACGGGAUUGACGGUCUAACGUUACCCUCCGUGGGUGCUGCGGGCGCAGGCGGUUCUUGCAACAGUAGUCGGCUGCCGCGGGCCAUCAGUCUCGUGGACAGCUUGCAGUUCAAUGGUGCGGCGGGUGGCGGAGGUGGAGGUGCAGUCGUGCCGCGACCACAGCACGGAGGUGCACCCGCUGCACCCCAGCAGCACCACCGGGGCGGACCACGGGCCGGCGCUCCGUCCGCGGGAACAACCCCGCAGCUCUGCUACGUGCAGCCAGGCUUUCGUGUGCAACCAGGCUACCGUGUGCAUGAGAUUAACGGGCAGCUGUACAUGGAAGUUCCGCAGGAUCAGGUUAGGUGCGACGAAUCCGGAGCAGUCCAUUGGUACAAUCCAGCAAACGCAGCACGAGGAGUUUAUGGCCUUCUCAAACGUUACAUUCUCAACUGUUACAUGAAUUCGUGAUCAUGCAAGAACGGCAAAACUAAAAAGGGUGACCUUGCGCGUAUUGCGUGACAGAUUCGGCGCAGAUUCUCAGCCUGUUUGGCUCUUCAAGAAUUUGUCAUGCGAAGCAGCUUGAUCGUGUCAAUUCUGAUUGUAAUUUUGCAUGACAAAUCAUGUAACAGCUGAGAAUGUAACAUUUGAGAACGCCAUAGAGUUCCGAUUGGCCUCAAUGCGGCCAAUGGAGGUACUAGCACAACUGCCAGCGCAGGAGCAGCAGGGGCGAUGGUUACAACCGUGCCCGGUGACCAACAUCAUCUCCACGGGCAUGGCUCUGGGGCCACGAGUCUUGUUGUCCAGCACCUGCCUCCUUCUGGCGCUUUUUCUGCGGGUGCUGUAGUUUCUGCGACCGCGAAUACGAUUGGGACGCACCCGCUCAUCGACCAACAAAACACGACGGGGUCGCAAACGACUGGCUGCACCAGGGAAAAGCACAUCAAGAAGCACUUGGAUCUAAUAAACAACAAAUACGGCGAGCAGGCGAAUAAAUCUGUGGCUACAACGACGUCGGCGGGUCCGUCAGUCACGAGUGGAACGGAGGUGAAUGGUAUGAUGGUGUAUGACAAUGUCAGCGAUCCGGUGGCCCACGUUAACACCUUCUCUUCCAACCAGGCAUUCAGUUCGGGCUAUUUGAACCUAGUUGAAAAUGCGAAUCAUGCCACCAGUACUGCCACGCCUGUGCGCACAAGCGGCGUCCCGGCGGAUGGGCCGUCUCAGCGCAUGUCGGAACGGAGCUCCCUUGCAGCCGACCCGGUAUGUGAAAAAAUAUGCCCGUUUUUCGUUUUCCUUUUCCCGUAAAACAUAAAGUAAAAGAACCCGUUUUUCCUAGUAGACGUAUCUUGAAAUCCAAAUCCAGAGAAUCAAAUGAAAAUCCCAGCACCAGUCACAGCCACUCGAAGCGAAGAUGCUGUCCGUGACAACUUCUUCUGGAACUACCGCUGGAAACCUGCAAGAGAAGAUACUUUCGGCGCAAGAAGAGUCGUACUACAAGAACCGCGUUCUGACUGACGAGAUGAAAGAGAAAGGCCUGGUCCUGGAAUCGUCGAAUGUCGAUGUCGGUAUUUUAGCUCAGCUUUUCCCGGACCUGGACUUGAACAGUCUGCGGAAGCCCGCGCCGCCGUCCGCCCCCGAACAAGGCAACAGUGCGAGCCUGCUUCUUCUGCCCCAGAGUGUCGCGUCCGCUCCGGUAAUGAGUCGCGCCUCAAGUUCUUGCGACCAAACGUCACUCGACAAAACCAUGAGCUUGAACUUGCGGAACACGUCCAAGACGGCAGCGAGUGUUUCCAAGAAUCCAUGCGUGCUCGGAAAGAAGAUCAUCCCCCCACAACCGCAAGUGCUACUUCCCCUUCCGAAUGACCCGCCGCUGGAUAGCCCGCAGUCCACCAUAAGUACUACGACCGUGAUCCACAACAGAGGCAGUGGGGGACUGUUGAACUCGGGAGAGCAAACGACGGCAAGCGCGUUACUGAGCACCAAGAACGCGACUGCGACGACAACCACGUCUUCGAGCAACACCGCGGCCUCCACCUCGGAGCCGAGCACUACGACCGUCUCGAAAUUGAACGCAAACGCCCAAGUCUGGGUACCGGGAGGCAGUGCGGGGUUGGGCGGAGCAGGCGUGCCAACAGCGCGCGGCAGCAACGUCAGCUCCUGCAACACGACGGUGGGAGCUGCUGCAACAGGGUCUUCGUUCGGUGCGAGCACCACUGGAGUGGGGGACAACUUUUCUGCCCUGGAGGCCGGCUCUGGCACGAAUAGCUUACAGCUGGAACUUGUUUCCGGAGGAACCAAAGACCAGCAGACGAGUGGCCGACAGAGCGGCUCUACCAGUGCUGGGAAGUUCGUCCGAAGCGUGCUGCACCGCGCGAGUUCAACGACCACGGCCUCAGGUGGGCAAUCCUUCGCAAAUUUUCCCGCAUCCACGAGUGGCAUGGCGACGAGCCCCCCGAGCGAUCUCCAGUCAUCCGGUACCACCUUAGGGGCCUGCCCGCAAGGUAUCACUGAGUAGUUAAGUAACAUUAGCUUCGUUCGCGGGAGAUAAUGCGGAUUUCUCUCUCUCCCAUUACAUUUACAAUGAAUUCAUAUUUCUAGAUGUUCAGGCUAGCUGAAGCCCUACUGUGUUGGACUUCCGGCUGGCCACUGGAUUGUCCUUCAUAGGCCGCCGAGAGAUUCGCUCGCCUCACUCGAUUUUUUUCUUCAUCCUUCUCCUUUUGCUUUUCCUUUCCAAAAAACUAUGCAUGUAGGGAUCGCACGUGACAAGAUGGGCGUCCGUCGCGGCCGCUUCUCCCAGGGUUUCAGGGUUUAGGUCGUUUAGGGUUCCUAGUUUGGAUUUACAAUGAAUUCAUAUUUCUAGAUGGUAGAUUUCACUUGUUUGCAUAUAUGUUUUUUUCCGAUCACGUUUACGCUGUUCCAGGAAGUUUUCAAUGUACCUUUACUGCACACCAGCCGGACCUAUGAUGCGAUAUCCGUCGCGUCCAGGUUCCAAGAGCGGUCGUUUGAUGCCGACGGCCUCGCGUGGAAAAACGUACGCCUACCCCCCGUCGACGCAGGGCGGAGGUUUUGGUCGAACGAGUACGUCUACCUCCGUGUCAGGUGCUGCGCAUCACCAGAUGAUGCUGACCAGUCAAGGAACAGCUGCUAGUACCACGACCCCGAAGUACGUUGGACCUUUACCUCCCGGCUCAUCUCGGGGAGGUGGAGCUGCACGGGGUCAGCAGGCGGGUACUAGUACCCAGCCGUAUAAUUCAUCCGGUGGUGGUGGUUCACAUGCACAGCAGGCGCAGCACAAUGCUUGUUACCUCAGUGGGCCGGUUGCGAUGUAUCCGCAGGAGGGAAGUAGUAAGAAACGCGGCACGGCGCUGAUGCUCCAGCCGACAAGCUCAACCACAUCGGGUGGAGCCUGUAGUUUCAUGGGCUCGACGAAUACUAGAAACGCCGGCUCUCUCGUGCCGUACGGAAACGGAUACAGCGACGACAGUUGGGAGACGUGGUACGCCGAAAACCGGUGCUUUAUUCCGCAGCCUGCGAUGUUCUACGACCAGUACGAUCAGCAAGUGGAGGCGGUCGAGAACUUGCCCCUCGGAUGCCGCCAGUGGGGUCGAAAAUUUUCAGCGAAAAAGACCGAUAGCAAGAAUUCCGACGGGGGUGCGGAUUUUUCGGCAUUUACCUGCAAGCAACACAUGAUCCAGAACGUGCUCGACUCCGAGGAUUGCAGCUUUUUGCAAAGCCUGUGGAAAAAGUAUUUUUAACACGGAAGAUCUAUAAAUAAGUCUGUUGCUAAAAAAAUGCUAAUCACUGUGCUAGAGCUAGAAAUUCGAAUCGAAGUAGUCUAACUAAAGUUGGUACAGGUCGUCGUGUCUGCAGAUUCUCUUCCUCCAGCUCGGUCGCUUUGGGGAUCUUUGACUUGCGGCGUUUCUAUAGCCAGUGAGGGCAAUGCCAGUGUUGAGGGCCUCCCCCAGUGGGGAGAAGUUUGCGACACCAGGAUGAUAACAGUGAAGCCCCCCCCAGCGGGGGGGGAAUUUGCGGUAAGUAGUAGAAAGCCGGCGAGGGAAAUUCCAGCGGGGCCUCCCCCAGCAGGAGGGAGUGUGCGUUAGCGGGGGGCCAGCGAGGGCAAGGCUAGUGAGCGCCUCCCCCAGCGGGGGGAUAUUUGCAGCGUAUUUUCCCCAGAUUGGCCUUCUAGCAGCACUAGCUGCAGCAGCGUUCGUACUCUGUCAAGAGUUGCUGACUUCUCUCAGGGUUGGUCGUGUUUUGGGCAACUUAGCCUGACGAAGGGCGUUUUCGGUACGGGAACUUCUAGGUGGUGAUUUGUUUUUGGCGUUGGGGCGCCGGUUACAACUAAUAGAAGGGGAUGCUCGGGUGCCUUCUGGUCUUAGUGAGCGCGAUGCUUCUUGUCGAGCCUCUCCCCAGAGGACCUCGUUGGUCUUAGAGGAACCAGACGGAUUUUGCUUCCAUUCGCGCUUCCGUAGAUUCGCUUACUUUUGGAAAGAAGCAGUGUGUUUGCUUUGCGGGUAGAACAAGGUCUGGCGGACUAUUGCCCAUCGCUUUUGUACGGCUUUUGAACUCUUGCGGGUUCAGGGAUUGACUUGCUGACGUUUCAGGAAGGGCUCCAACAGGGUAUGGAUCGCCAGCUUGAGGCUGGUUGCUUUGAUUGUACUGGCCACGGUUUGGCAGAUCGCGCUACAUUUUCAGGGGCAGCGGCUUUUCUCGGGUUUGCUUUGCGAAAGAGACCACCGGCGGGUGUCGUUUUGGAUGUUGCAACAGCGUGUAUCCCAUCGGGAAGCGCGAAGCCUCUUACUCUUCCGGCCUCUUCUUGUUGGGCGUGCAAAGUACUCGACUGCCCACUUUUAGGCUGGGGCCUUUAAAGUAAUUUUGUUACGGGCAGGCUUUCUCCGGGGGGCGCGCGCGGCUUGCGAUGGUAGAGCCUACUCGUAUAUGUUGGCUUGUGGCUACCGGUUUCUUUUCGCAGACGCAUGGCCACGCGGUUUCAUUUGUGUGUGCUUUGAUUUUGGGAUUUCCUAUGUCCAGUUGCGUUGCUGGUGUUUGGUCACUUCCUUGUCGAGCUCGUGUUCCGUCCUCUGCACCGGGCGAGCUCUGCCCUACUUCGGUCCCGCCUUGCUGCGGGAACAGGGGUCGUUUGGCACUGGCGGUAUCCAAUCCGUUACCCUUGCGAACUUGUUCCCUGGAAGUGACGCAUACUACUGGCGCGUUCCCUGGAAGUGACUGGCGGUAUCCAAUCCAAUUCCUUACUACUGGAAGUGACGCGCGCUUUCGUGCGUCGCUUCAGAUUCUCUUCCUCCAGCUCGGUCGCUUUGGGGAUCUUUGACUUGCCUUUGGUACGAUUGCGGAGCAUGCAAGCUGAUCUGGUAACCAAAUGCGUGCGCGCGCGAUAUUGCUUUAGCAAACGCAGCGCGAAGGCAGUUGCCGUUACCAUAUAGGGCAACCGCCGGGAGGCGUGAAGGUCAGGGAAAUGGCCAGAAAUGAAGCGGGAGAAGGGAAAAAAAGCGGACCAGAUGGCAAAAUGAGGAGGAAGGCAAAAAUGUCGCAAAAACGGCAAAAACCAAGCGGGAGAAGGUGAAAAAAGAGCAUUUUUGCGGCUUGGCCCACUUGAUAUCUGAAAAAAAGACGGAGUAUUUUUUGCUUCGCCCGCUGGGCAGCUGCGUUUGAGCAGCAGGUCCGCGACCUGUCCGGAAGCCUUGGGCCGCUUCGUAAGUGGAAAAAAUUGCAAAAAAAUUGGAAAAAAUUGCGUCAUACCGUGGGCGGAAGCAAUCGUCGGAUUUUGUGCAGAUCGCCCGGGCCACUUGAAAACCAGAAAAAGAGAAAAAAAUGCGCAAAAGCGCAAUCCUUCCGCAGGCUUCAAAACUGCCAGCAAUCUACGGGCGGCGAAAAUGUCCAGAGCCCUUCGGCCGACUAAAAACCUGAAAAAAGAGCGAAAAUUAAAAAAAAUCGAGAACCCUCGGCAGGCUUACAAACUGGCCGCCGAGGGCGGUCCGGCGGGCGCGUGGUCGCGCCAUACCCUCGAGAUUGUGAAAAAAAAACCGUACUAGAAGCGGGCGGAGGCAUGUCACAAAAUCCUCAUUUGGCCGGGGUUGUGGGCGCAAAUCCUGCACCUCCGCCGCGUCUGAAAUGGCCGACUUUGGUGGCCCGGAAGGGUUCGCGGGUUUUCGGCCUUCCACAUACCUCCCGGGCCAGGGGGCCAGUUUGUCAUGCAGAGGGCUAGAAAGGCAAAGGAGGCCCCGCUGCCGGCCACAUACCUCCCGGGCCAGGGGGCCAGUUUGUCAUUCUCUUCCUCCAGCUCGGUCGCUUUGGGGAUCUUUGACUUGCCUUUGGUACUUACGAUUUCGGAGCAUACAAGUUGAAACGCAAUACAGGUAUCGAUCGGCCGCAGCAGGGCUGAGCAAGAGGGAUCCCAAAAUGCCGAAGGAGACAAGCAACACGCUUCCGUCGACGGCGGAGUUCGAGAAAUAUCGGCAAAUUGUCGAGAAGGUGGUCGAGCGAAUGAACGAAUGCUACACUGCGACCGCGGUAACGAAUUCCUGCGCGUCAGAAAGCAAAGUCGACGAAAAAGAACGUAGUGGGAAGGCAGGCGCGGCGUCAAAUACUGCUAGAGCUGAGCUGGCCUCUUCUUUGAGUGAGCCGCAAGAGAAAAAGCAAGCUGAGAGGGAAAGCGUUGAAACUGACGGAACAAAGGGAGAAGACGAGCGGGAGAGCGCAGCAGGUAUUGGCGCCGGAAAUACUAGGACCUGCUCUACCACCGACCUGAAUGCUGUGGCCGCCGCCCCUGAGAAGAAAACGGAUGAUGUAGACGUGAGCAACAGCGGCAGUAGCACAGAGACAAAGACAGACCAGUCGCAGUCCACGACGUCUCAGACGAAGAUGAUGAAUGGCGGAAACAAGGAACAAGAAACUCGUGGUGCUGGUGCUGCGAAGAAGCCAAAACUUGCAUUUGCCUUUGCGCAGAUUGUUGGCGCAAACGCGGAAAAUGAAAAUCGAUCGUAUUUGCGAACAGCGCAACACGAUCGCCAUUGCGAUAGUUUGGAGCACCGCAUUGAAUGGGGAGACCAGGUUCGUAAUGACCCGAAGUACGCGAAAAAAGCGGGCGCGGUUCUACGUUACAGAAUGCGCUGCCCAGCAAGUUACGCAAAUGACCAGAAAUGGCACCCACAAGGUACUAUCUAAUUGAUAUCUCGUUUCUUGAAUUAGUGACGCAGUUACAGUUAGGUGCGCAUGCGCAUGCGCAUGCGAUGCAUUUCAUUUGGAUUUGUCUACUAGCUCUAGGUAGUAUCCGCUUCCGUGGUGAUAUAUUUUCGAUCAUUGCUACUUCGGAACCAGUAACCCAGACGGAAGUUUAGUUUUGGAUUAAUUUUCCUUAGCCAGCCUUGGCAGCUGCUACAAUGCCAGAGAAGCUUGCGCGAAGUUGGAUUUUUUGUUCCUGCGGUUGACUCAUCCAAGCAGGAGACAUUCACAUUUGGACUGACUAAUCAAGAACCGACGUACUACAACAACUACAGGCGCAAACUUCGGCUGUUGUAUCAAUUUGGUUCCGCACACCGCCUGGGAAGGUGGCGAGCUGAAGUUCUAUGACACCCACUCGGCAAAAGAGCCUUCUUUGACUUUCAAGGAUGAGAAACAAGGUUGCGGUGUUGCCUUCUGCGGAUGCUGCAAGAGCGUUCACGAAGUCACGCCCAUCGAAAAGGGGCUACGGCUGACGCUUAUGGUACAAUUUCAAUUUUUGACGAUUUUUUUCCGCGUGGGUUUUUUUUGAAAAUCAAAAUUGAGACUCAUGCUUCUAGCUACCGACCCGGAGUCAAUGAAUUCGGGAGAAUUAUGCAUGAUCGAGGACAUCAACGGAACCCAACUCCUACCAGGGGUUAAAGUCAAAUAGAAUGAAAUACACUUCUUUGUGAUCGAAUCAGGUUUGGACCCGUGAUGCCGCGAGUGACAUUGUGACGAAACUGCCGCGUGGCAGCAUCGUCUGGGACGACCCGCACCGUAAACCCGUGACAAUGUGGGAAACCGGAUGGGGCAACAAGCACAAUUCUCUUUGGCUAACGGGAUUCGAGGGCCCGGAUAAUCCGCACGCCUGCAACCGAGAGCAGCCGCGUUUUGCCGCCGCGGGGUCCGCCUCCGCUACGUCGUGGUCAACUGUCCAGAGCGGUGGCACCACUGGAGCGACAUCGUCCUCAAAUAAGAUGUUAUUCUCAGCACCCGCCCAGCGCGGUCCGCGGUCAACCGGUGGACAGCUUUACGGCAGUCGCGGUGGCUACACCAAUGCCAAUCGUUCGGGAGCGGGACCAGCACCCCCUGGCAGUCACGGCUUUCCGCAUUCAUCGAGCAAUUUUGGCAGAGCUGUGACCCCGGGAUUUUCCCACUUUAGCAGCUACCAUAGAACAAACAAGCGAACGCCGAUCGGCGGGACGUCGUCGGGUGCAACAACUACUAGUGGAGACCGGGGGGCCAACAAUCCUGCGACCACCCUGGGUGCACAAGGACGGUCCAGUGUUUGUUCUGGUUCCUCGUCAAAAAUUUUGCCGACACAUCAGACAAGCUCUAUCAACAAACCCGCUGGUGCAGCCGCGAACAAGGAAAAUGAUGCGCCGAAAGGUCAAACAGCUCCAAUAGACGAGGCGACAAAUAAACAUAAAGUAGAUGCUGGUAAUAUUGCUAGCAAGACGGGGUCGAAAAGUACGAAAACGGAGGAAGUCCCGUCCUCCUCAGCCAGCGGAUCAGGGGCAACGUCACCCGAGGUCUUGUCGUCAGCUGCAGCAGACUCGAGCGCGGCCCCGCCCGAGAAUCGGCCACCGGCGAGUAAGAAGAAAAACAACAAGAGUAAACAUGGGAAGAACAAAAACGCAAAUGCAGUGAUGAACACCAGCGUACCAACGAGUAAUCUGACAAGCAAGGACCAAAAUGUCGACCAGGCCUGUGUGGCUGUCCCCAAACCAGCGCAAAAAGAGAAGGAGAACAGGCCGACGAGUGAACAGGGUCGUGGCGAUGAGGUGGAUAGCAAACCUAGACGCGCCAACAUCACUCCACCGGCUACCAUACCCGUCGAGACCGCCAGCAAGGAGGAGAAAAAGCAAGAUGGCGAUGAUUGUGCUAGUUCUGUGGCGGAACUACAACGAGCUCAACCUGCGAGCUCCAGUACGACGAAAAGUAGAAAGAAACUUAAGACAGCGGUGAUUGGCACCAGUCCCGGGACGAACAUGAAAGCUGCGCAAGAAGCCGCGACACGGGACGAGAGGACCAUCCCCGCGCCUAUUCCUUCAGAGGAAGAUGAACUUAUCAUUUCAUCGUCCACCGAGGCGCACGCAAGAACCCUCGCAUCGCCUCUAAUUCCCCCUCUGGAGCUCGAAUCGCAGUCAGAAAUUUUGCCGCAGGUAAAAAGGGCACCGAAGAUUCCGGAAGUGGCGAAAAAAGCAGUCGUUCUUGAAACAGCUGCUGCGUCUCUACUUCGGGACGACGAGGAGACAGAAAGGAAAAUCAAGGGGAACAAGGAAGUCGGUAGUAGUGCUGCUCAAGAUCAAACAGGCAGCCUGGCAGAGCAGGAUGCUGUCGCAAGAUCAUUUCUGGGACCGGCCGAUGCGGUGUUGACACUAAAGAACUCGAAGGCCAACUCUGCCUCAGCCCAAAAAAAAACCACCUCCGCGACGGCUGCUGCUGCUGCGGCAACGAGCCCGAGAAGCAACACAACAUCUGUUACGCCGACCAAGAGCAAGAAGUGCACUUCUACUGGAGGCGAGGCAAACAAUAAGUGCACGGACCCCACGUCUCGGGUUUCAGGCGAGGAUGAUGGUGGUAGAGAUGUCGAGAAGCCGCUGCUCCCGGGGAAUAGUCCUUCUGUUGACAGCAGUGCCAUCCCCGCCGGCGUGUCCAGUUCCGGAGCAGGUAGUGCACCUGUCCCAGUGAGUGGUCUAGCGAAAGAAGCGCAGGGCCUCUGCAAAAACGCAGUCAAGCGCGUCGUGGGCAUCUUCUCCAGUCCCAGCUCCGUAGGAAAUUCCUCCACUCCCGAAAAGAAUUGAGCAACUAACGAAAUUCGUACUCUGCUAAAUGUGAUAUAUUUAUGAUAUAUGAUUUUUAUUUGACGACACGGGAUGAGAUUUUGAUUUUCAAAAACCAUCACUCAUAUCUCACAGAGCGGCGCUCGAUGCGUAAGGAGGCGAGUAGCGUAUCAAUGUUUAAAGCGUACUAUCUGGUAGAAAAAAAAACACCUAAAAAUAAUGACUUUUGUAGCGACACGAAAUCUAUUAAAAUCUAAAGAUUUUUUGAAUUUGCGAAAGCAAACUUUUACAGUAUGUUGACGUUCUUCUGAAAGUGCAUUCAUACUUUUUUCAAAGCUGUUUUGCAGAAACAUGGCUGUGACAUCCCUGGAUAUAUAAUGACGGACUACUUCCAAUCGAGAAAGGAACGGCACUCAUUCAAGCGACAAUAUUUAUAACAAUUUGCAUGAACAAGAACAAAAUCAAAAAGACGAACCUUCUUUAAGUACUUACACCUGGAAAUGGCAAGCUACGCGAUGGAUUUCGGAAAAUGAGUGAAGUCUUUGUCGCCUCCAACAGGAGACCACAGCCACGCAUUAUUAUUGACGCAAGCUUUUCGCUCUCGCAUUUUUCAGGUCUUAAGAUCUAGG